CUUGUUCUUUCCCCGUACUCUUUUUUUUUUUUUUUCAUAAAAAAAAACAUGGCAGGCUCGGAAUUACGUGCACGUAAUAAAAAGAAGGUGGAAACACCUGUCGCUGCCUCCAUUCGCGACAUGAAGGAUAUCAGAGAGGCACAAGCUUUACUUAGUGAGUCCGGAACUGUCACUUUGUCACUCAUGUCUGCUUUCCGAAUCUUAUUCAUCAUGCGUUGUUUUUCCGCUUUAUACCGUCUUGUCGAUGACUGUGAUGAGGUCUACAAUUAUUGGGAACCCACUCACUAUUUAUUACAAGGAUAUGGACGUGAAACAUGGGAAUAUUCAACCGAUUAUAAAAUUAGAAGCUGGGCAUUUAUCUUUGUCAAUGCACUUGUCGGUUUAGUUACCAAGGUCAUCACCUCCACCAAGCUCCAAACUUUUUAUCUCAUUCGUAUGGCCCUUGGUGCUGCAUGUUCCUAUGUCGAGGCAAGAUUCUAUCGUACCGUCACUGAAGAAAUUAACCCUCAUGUAGGCCGUUAUAUCUUUGCCAUCUUGUUUUUCGGUGCUGGUAUGUUUAAUGCAUCCACAGCCUAUUUGCCUUCUACGUUUGCCAUGUAUUGUGUAUUUAUGGCAUUCUCAUAUGCUUUGAAACCCGUAUCGGAUAUUGACAGAACACGUACAUACAAGGUAGUAUUUUGGAUUGGGUUAGGUGCAUUGGGUGGAUGGCCCUUUGCGGCUUUGGUGGGUCUUCCUUUUGCCGCUGAAGAGAUUUUGAUCUUUGGUCGUGACACCAUGACAAAGGAAGACGGCACAGUUGUCCGAUCCCUUGCCGUUCCCAAUUGGCGUUGGAAGCGACUUUUACGUUUAGUAGAGGCUACUUUGAUUUGUGGUGCCGGUAUCACCUUCAUGCUCGUCUUGAUGGAUCAAAUGUUUUACCGCCAAUAUACCAUUGUUGCUUGGAACAUUAUCAAGUAUAAUAUCUUUGCCGGCACCGAAGGUCGUGGACCCGAAUUAUACGGUACCGAACCUUGGUACUAUUAUAUCUUGAACGGUAUCUUGAACUUUAACAUUGUCUUUCUCUUGGCGAUGGGUUCCGGUGUAUGUGUGGCUAUCACUGCCUUUAUCGAUCGUAGUCGUGUUCCCGGUACCACGAAAUUGGAUGCAGUUUGGCCUUAUGUUGUUUUGGGUUUAAAGCUCGUGCCUUUUUAUAUCUGGUUUCUUGUGUUCUCUCUUCAAGCCCAUAAGGAAGAACGAUUCAUGUAUGUUGCUUAUCCUUUGCUUGCAUUGAAUGCUGGUAUCUCUAUCUUCUUGAUCCGUUCUUGGGCUAGUCGAUUGGCUGGUAAGUUGGGUGCGAGUGCUGCUACGCGUGUCCUUGUGUUACGUUAUACUUCUUUGGCUAUCCUGGCUGUGUAUGCCUUAUUAUCUUUCUCUCGUAUUAUUGCUCUCUUAACGUAUUAUCGUGCCCCCUUUGUGGUCUACAGUUCUCUCUGGCGUGAACAAGCUCCCGAUCAACUGAUGAACCGAAACUAUCUUCAAGAAGAAUUUCCCGAGAAUACCAAUUUGACCCUCAAGAAUGUCUGUGUGGGUAAAGAAUGGCACCGAUUCCCAUCUCAGUUCUUUUUACCUAGCGAUACACGUAUUCAAUUUUUAAAGAGCGAAUUCAAGGGACAAUUACCUCAGACAUUUGAAGAGGAUAUCAAGAUUAGCACUUACAGGGAUGUCGAAGGCAAAGAGGUAGCCUAUCGUAAACGUGUCUAUGGAUGGUACGGUGCACGUCAAGCCCCCGCAGGGUUCAAUGAUUUGAAUUUGGAAAACCCCACAGUGUAUGUCAACGAAGAUGAAUGUGAUUAUUUAGUGGAUUUGGAUCUUCCCUUGCAUUCAGCUUCUGAACUUGAACCUCGCUAUAUUCGAGAUACCGAGCAUUGGCAAGUCUUGUCGUGUUAUCCUUACUUGGAUGCUCAAAACUCACAUCGCUUGUCCAGAGCAUUUUGGGUACCCGGUAGCCCUCAAUUACAAUGGGGUGAAUAUUGUAUGAUGAAACGUAGAACUGCUUAGAUUUUUAAUAAUAAAAUAAAAACAAUAAAAAUAUCGUGUGUACAUAUAUA